CAGAUACGCUAGCGGACUUGGUAAGGCUGCUUCGAGACAGGCAAUAAACGGCAGCAGUAGCGCCUGCAGCCAGAAAGGGCCUAGACGCGCGUGCAUUUUCUCUCCUGGCUUAUUAAAUCUACCAUCAUGCCAAGACUCGAUUCCUAUCCCCAACUCCUUUCUUUUGCUUUUAGUGGCAUUAUUUAUCUCCUCUCAGGAGUUGCUUCGUUUAUAUCUCGCAGAACCGGGCUUGAUCCUUAUACCCUCCUUCGACAGGAUCCCCAUCCCCUCGCUGAAGCCACUGCUUGCAUUUGCGCGUUGCACUUUGCACCGUCCCGGAUAUCUUCGUCUCUCGCUUCUGCCCCUCCAACCACGUCACCAUGGGCUCGCUCACCGAAACAAUUCUCGACUCGGUCCAGCAGCUGAGCCUCAAUGGCUCUGCUAGCCAGGCCAACGGCGACAAGAUCACCAUCCGCAACAUUUGCUGCGUUGGUGCUGGUUACGUCGGUGGCCCUACCGCCGCAGUCAUUGCCUUCCAGAACCCGCACAUCAAGGUCACCGUUGUGGACCGAGACGUGACCAGGAUCCGCAGAUGGAACUCACGCCACCCUCCCAUCUACGAGCCUGGCCUGCACGACAUUGUCCGCAUUGCCCGUGAUGGUGGCCGCGAGACGACCGUUUCUGGCCAGCCCAGCGACGAGACAUCGGUCUCGGAGAAGGGCGAGACCUCAGUUGCUCGACGAGAGCCCAACCUCUUCUUCAGCACCGACGUUGCCGGCCACAUUGCCGAGGCCGACAUCGUCCUCGUAGCUGUAAAUACCCCCACCAAGGAGCGCGGUGUUGGCGCUGGCAGCGCUACUGAUAUGACUGCCUUUGAAGCCGUCACCGGCUUUGUGGCCCAGUACGCUCGCGAGGGCGCCAUCAUUGUCGAGAAGAGCACCGUUCCUUGCCGAACUGCCCAGCUGGUGGCAGACACUCUCGCCAUGCACCGUCCUGGCGUCCACUUCGAGAUCCUGUCGAACCCCGAGUUCUUGGCUGCCGGAACUGCCGUCAACGAUCUUCUAUACCCCGACAGAAUCCUCAUCGGCUCCGCCCCCACACCUUCUGGCAAGCGAGCUGCCGAGGCUCUGCUGGAAGUUUACGCCGCUUGGGUUCCUCGCGAGCGCAUCUUGACCACCAACGUAUGGUCCUCUGAGCUUGCUAAGCUGGUCGCCAACUCCAUGCUUGCCCAGCGAAUUUCCAGCAUCAACUCCAUCUCCGCUGUCUGCGAGCAAACCGGUGCUGAUGUCGACGAGGUCGCUCGCGCUAUCGGUGUCGAUCCUCGGAUUGGUAACAAGUUUUUGAUGGCCGGUAUUGGAUUCGGUGGCAGCUGCUUCAAGAAGGAUGUCCUCAACCUCGUGUAUCUCGCCGACACCAUGGGCCUGCCCGAGGUGGGCGAAUACUGGAGACAGGUCGUCAAGAUGAACGAGUAUGCUCGUGAUCGAUUCACCAACCGUGUUAUCAAGUGCCUCAACAACACCCUUGUAGGCAAGAAGGUUACCAUUCUUGGAUACGCCUUCAAGAAGAACACAUCAGAUACCCGUGAGGCACCUGCUCUGGAAAUGAUCAAAACCUUGUUGGAAGAGCGCCCUCGCGAAAUUGCUGUGUUUGACCCUUGCUGCAACCCAUUUGUUGUCAAGAACGAAAUCAAGGCCCUUCUCGGACCCCAAAUCACAGCAAGUGUCCAGGUCUAUGGAAAUGCCUAUGAUGCUUGCAAGGACAGCACUGCGGUUGUCAUCGCUACCGAAUUUGACGAGUUCCGUAACCAGCCUGUUCCUAAGCCCGCCCCAACCCCUGUGGAUCAGCCCGCUCCCAAGAUGAUCGGCCGCAAGCCCAACCCCAAGUCAGACCCAAGACCGUUCAAGGAGUCAACUCCAACAGAGAACGAUCUCUUGGCACUGCACAAGCACUUGGUGCAGCGCGAUGGUCAGACUUCUGAAGACCCUCUGGAUCGAUUCAACGUCGAGCCGGACUGCGACGAAGACUGCCCUGACUGUAUCCAAGCCAGGGAGUCUGAGGAGAAUGGCUUCGCCACCGGAAUGGGCAGCGCCGAGGAGUACAAGCCCAAGGAGCGAUUGGACUGGGUGCGCAUUGCCGAAACCAUGGCCAAGCCUCGAUGGGUGUUUGAUGGCCGUGGUGUCAUCGACUCUCGCGAGAUGGUGAAGCUGGGCGUUCGCGUGGAGAGCGUUGGUCGCCAGCACCGAUUUUAAGACGCGUGAAAUAUUCUUGGCGGUUUUUCUUCCGAGUUAAAAGGCGGGAUGAGGCUAUACGACCUUUUAGCUACUCCUUUUUUUUGUGGCUGUGCAUUCAUUGGUAAUGCAGGUGGGCCUAGAACAAACUACCUACCUUGUAUUUGUUUUUAAUUAAAGAUUAGGGUUACGUUGAGUGACUGCAGAUGAGAGGCGCUGCAUCAAUUGGUAAAGAAUUUGUUUUGCUGGCGGGUGGUUGCCUGAUGUGAAAGAGAACAAAGGGCGAUCACUACGUGUGCCUUUGUGGUAUUCCUAGCCUCACCGCCACAACUUCUAGAUAAAUUGGCUUGAACAAUCUAGACUUGAAUGCUUGGUAUACUUGGAUAUUUGAUGCAGUGAAAUGAAGGAAUGAAGGCUUUGUAUAAUAGAAAUAGUACUCGAAAUAUAUUGACAAAAUGAAGAAUACAAUAAUAAAGAAGGGGGUAUCCGAAACAGUGGA